AUGACAGCAAAGGCAAAGACAAACACCACGGCCGGGGCCGCCAUCUAUGUGCCUAUACUCCUCCGCUAUAUCUACGAUCCCGUCGUUCUCGGCUUCUACUGCCCCCAGGCAUGGCGGAUCACCUCGAAAAGCAUGCGGGAAUUCUUCAACAGGCACAUCGCCAGCGCCUCGGCCCGAUCCCAGUUGCACAACCUGUGCGAAACACCAGGCGCUCUCUCGCCAUGCCGGAUCCUAGACAUUGGCGUCGGCACGGGAUACUUUCUCAAGCAUGCGCCGAUAGCGGCCGGGUCCGAGGUCUUCCUCGCCGACCUCAACCCCGCGGCCCUCGCAGCGGCCAAGGCACGAACGCUGGACGCGCACCCCCAGACGACGUGCGAGACCUCCGUCGCCGACUUUUUGGACCCCGUCGGCAAGGGCCUGUGCCGCAAGGACCUCGGCGGGGGCGACUUUGACGCCAUCUCCGUCAUGAUGCUGCUCCACUGCGUCCCCGGCCCGCCGUCCAAAAAGGCCGAGGCGCUGACGCGGCUGCGGCAUCUCCUGGCGCCUGGCGGUACGCUAUUCGGGAUGACGAUCCUGGGACGGGGCGUGAGGCACAACCUGCUGGGGAGGCGGCUGAUGUUCUGGCACAACUUACUCGGUGUGUUUGGGAACGCCGAGGACGACGUGGAGGGCAUUGUCGGGCCGUUGAUGGAGGUGUUUGAGACUGUCAAGUGGGAAGUCUGUGGGACGAUGCUCUUGUUCGAAGCCAGUACACCCAAAACCCCAGACGUGGGGGAGGUCUACUAG